AUGCGCAUAAAGUCAGUUAAACUUUUGAAAUCAAAACAAUGCGGAAUUCUUCCAUUCCUGAAUCGGACCAAAGAAUGUGAUCAAAUCAAUAAUGACCGUAUUGAGGUGGAAUCACCGGUACGUGAUAAUAUGAAGGAUGUAUGUCUAAAACCGAAUGACAAUAAACCCGAGGAUAGUAAUGAGGAAAACGAAAGGGUUAGUCAACCUAUGGCAUCUAAUAUACAAGCUAGUACGUCACGAGGUAAAUACUAAUUUGAACGCCUCGUUGCAGUCGGAAAAACGCUCUGAGGGAGAGAUCUCUAAAGUUUAUAGUAGUGACCAGUUUAUUCAUAACCCAAGUGGCCCUAAUCCAUCUGAAGGUCAGAAUGUCAAAUCGCAUAGGAAAAGUAUUUUACCCAACUCGCGAUUUUUACGACAAAAUUCAUCCUGGAUUAACUCCUUAGACCUUACCCUUGAUUGAUACGUCUUGUACGUGUACUUCCAGCCGCACACACACUCGUAGUCGCUCCAAUAGAACUUAUUCUAGUAAAACUACUAGCUGCAAGAAACCUAAUCAGUAUCAAGCGACACGACAACAACCACCACAAAACCGUACUCGGGUUUUCAACUACAUUUCCCCAAGCACAAUCGUCUCAAACAUUCAGUAAAUCAGAAUUUUCGUCGUUCCCGAAUGAAAGAAUGGUCAGUCUAUCUCGAAUUUGUGCGUCAAGUAACGAAGAACAAAUAACCUCUCGAAGUCACUUAUUCCACGCGGAAAUUGUCCGCGAUAAUGGUGAUCCUGUACAAAUUAGCGAUAAUGACGAUAAUGACCUAAACUUUUACCCAACUGAGAUUAUUGACUAUACCAAUGUGACCCCUCGUUUUUUGAAUAGCGAAACCUCUUUCCUAUACAUCCCGGAUGGAAUAAGUCCACAGUCCUCUUUAACCUUACAUAAAAUAUCGACACCAAAUGAAACCAAAAAUAGAACGAACAUCUCCGUCCAUAUUACAGAUCGUUCUAGAACGUUUAAACAGCACAAGAAGCGCAAGAAUUGCUAUCUUCCCUCCUCCAACCUAAUCCAUAUUACAACUUUAAACCAUGCUUAUAAGGUUAACAAAGAAAUGAUACUCCCAUGUUUCUUUUUACUUAAUUCCCGCUCACUCCUUCCAAAGCUGGACGAAUUGACAGCAUUACUAAGUUUCAAGCCCAUUGACAUUAUCGCGAUAACUGAAUCAUGGUUACACGAACACAUAGACAGCAGCUUAUUGUCAAUUAACGAUUACAAUUUAUUCCGUAAAGAUCGCGCAAUUGGACGAGGUGGCGGAGUUUGUGCUUAUAUUAAAAAAGACAUCCCUUGUAUACGACGGGUAGACCUAGAAAGUGAGAAUUUAGAAUGCUUAUGGCUGAGCAUUUGACCGAAACGCCUCCCUAGACCUCUAUCCGGUAUCGUUAUCUGUGUCGUGUAUCACCCACCUGGUCUGACAAUAUCAGAACACAGUGAUCUUAAUGAACAUUUAAUUAACACUAUUGACCUACUUCGAAAUAACCACCCUGACCUUGGUCUAGUAAUUAUGGGUGAUUUUAAUGAUCUUGAAACUCGCAGUUUGACCACCAGUCAAAAUCUUAAACAAGUUGUUGUUGACCAACCCACUAGAGAAUCAGCAAUACUCGAUCUUAUUCUUACAAACCUGUAUAAUUUAUAUGACCGCCCUAAUGUCCUUGCUCCAUUAGGAUCCAGUGACCAUAAUAUUGUACACUGGCUACCUUCAGUCGAUAGCAUUCCCAUCCACAACAUCCAAGCAAAACCUGUUAAAUCCUUAGUACGGCGCUAUCCCAGAUCAGGAAUAGAUGCUUUCGGAAGAUGGGUUACCACACAUAAUUGGUUUUGUGACCUUGAACCCAACCCUACUCUUGAUAGCUUGGCAAUCUCGUUUACAAACCAGUUAACAGAAAGUAUUGACCGAAUCUUCCCACAACAGACGUCAACACGUCAUCACACCUAUAAACCAUGGAUAAUUAACACCUGCAAUAAAACAGCUUAUCAAAUAUCGACAAAAGGCGUUUCAUGGUCAUAAUACAAUCUUGUGGAAAUCGUUGAAAUAUAAGGUCCAACAUGAAAUCAAUGCGAGGAAAAUAUCGUACUACAAAACAAAGGUACAACAUUUAAAGAAGGAUGACUGCCGUAUGUGGUGGAAAAUCGUAAAUAAAAUGGCAGGAAAAUCUGGAAAGAACUCCUUUUCGCUUGAACAUGACGGAAGAACUCUGGAUCAAUCAGAAUUAGUUAGAGCUUUGAAUGUGUUCUAUGCAUCGGUGAAUAGUGACAUUCCACCACUUAAUUUAGCGACACUCCCGGCAUUUCUUCCGGCCAAAGAACCUGUCCAACAGUUCAACCACAUGAAGUAUCUAAAAAGCUCUUAGAAAUUAAACCUUUUAAAGCUCAUGGCCCAGAUAACGUCCCCUGUCGUAUCCUGAAAGAGUUUGCCCAUGAAUUAGCCGAACCUGUUGCAACUAUUUUCAACGAAUCACUUUCAUCUGGAAUCGUGCCUGCAAUAUGGAAAGACUCAGACAUCAUACCAGUUCCAAAAUCACAACCUCCUACCUGUGAAGGUGACACCAGACCCAUCUCACUGACACACUGCCUGGCUAAGGUUCUUGAAGAUUUCGUGGUCGGGUGGAUGAUAACCGAUAUUAAAGACAAGAUCGACCCCAAGCAGUUUGGAUGCUUGAAAGGAACAUCCACACUUGGUUGUGCAACUUAGAGUGACCUGAAAAACAUCUUAGACUUUGUUUCCUUGAAUUCGAAAAGGCGUUUGACUGUAUAGGACAUAAUUUACUAAUAUUAAAGCUGUUGGACCUAGGUGUUAGAUCGUCCCUGUUGCCUUGGAUUAUCAACUUCCUAACUAACCGCCGUCAUCGGGUCAAACUUGGAGGGAAAACGUCAGACUGGUUGCCAAUGAAUGCGGGUGUCCCCCAGGGAACUAAAGUCGGUCCAAUUCUGUUUUUGGCGAUGAUAAAUGAUCUCGAUGUGAAACCACACGCAACGGAUAUUUGGAAAUUUGUGGAUGACAUAUCAACAUCGGAAAAUAUCACAAAGGGCAGCAAUUCAAAGUUUCAGUUCUGUAUUGAUACUAUAAAUUCUUAGGCUUCGUGCAACCUUAUGAAACUUAACCCCAAAAAGUGCAAAGAACUACGCGUUUGCUGUCUGCUGAAAUCACCUGAUCUAUCACCAUUGUUGAUCGACGGUCAUGCGCUUGAGGUUGUGCGGUCUCAUAAAGUCCUAGGUCUGGUUAUCCAAAACGAUCUUAAAUGGAAUGCACACAUAGAAUCAGUUGUAUCCAAAGCUUCUAAACGUUUAUAUAUCAUCCGCAUAUUACGACGAGGUGGUGUCCCUGCGGAAGACUUAUUGAGUAUAUACUUUGCCUUAAUACGAUCGGUUCUGGAGUACUGUUGUGUGGUAUGGCAUCAUGCCAUACCUUUGUACCUCGCCGAUGAUUUAGAGCGAGUGCAAAAACGAGCGCUGAGGAUCAUUUUACCGGGUUACUCUUAUAGGGAAGCAUUAGCACAACUUGGGUGUUCCAGAUUGGAUGAAAGGCGAGAACGACAUUGCCUCAAUACUAUGAAACGCAUAGAAAUUGAAGGACCACUGUCAAAAUAUGUUCCAUUGUCUAGGGCUAGUUCAAAUGAUUAUGAACAUAGAAACUCUAACACAUUAACAACAAUAAAAUGCCGAACAGAAAGAUAUCGCCGUAGCUUUUUUCCCAGUACAGUAGCUCUAUAUAAUAGUUAUAGUAAAGAAACUUAA